AAUUCUCCCUCGAAGGAAACUGCGGAACAAAGAGAAUCAGACAAUAUGGAUGGUAGUAUUAGUGAAAGAGAACUAAGUGCGAGAAGUAAGUCUCGUAAAAUGAUGGUAUUUGACCCUGAAACCGGCUGCUAUCGGAAAAAAUCUGAAAAUGAAGACCAGGAAAAUACAUUUACUGAGAGCAAAAAGGAAAGAGUCGAAUAUCGGUUUCGUCUUCGCUCAGACGAGAAGCCUGAGAAAGCAACAGACGCGAAAGAUUUGUCUUCAAAACCGGACAAGGCAUCCGAAGACAUUCAGGUUAUUAGAACUGAGCAAAGCGUUACUAUAAAUGGCAAAAAUAAGUCGAGAGGCGAUGAAGGAGAUGAAGAGGAUCUUAAGAAAGCUGGCGAAAUUAUGAAAGCUAAGUUUGAAAAAGGUCGAAAGAAAUUCGAGGAAGAACCCUUUGAAAGGGAACGGAAUGAUCCUAAAACCGUGAGAACGGCGAGGCAAUCCUCUGACGAUUCACUGGAGGAGAAGAUCAAAGAAAUGGAGAAAAGACGAGAACGGCUUUUUCUUAAAAGACCGUCCAUGGAAUUGGAGAAGAGAAGGUCUUCUGAUGAGCAAAAGGAUCUUUCUCCGAGAGGGGAGGCCGAGAGUCAUAGAGAAGAGUCAAAGAGCCCUGCAGAUGAUACUGUCAAGAGACCUAGAAGUCGAAGCGAGCGCACCAAACGGCGCUUAACAGCUGAAGAGAUGAGCUUGAAGAAGACCACAAGCGAGGAAGACGUAGCAGAGCGACGUCGGAGUAGUUCUGGAUCUGCUAAGGUACCGUAAAUCCUCCUUUUCAUGCAAGGGAAGAAAGUUAUUUUCAUAACUUUUAAGCCCCCUCUCUUUUAACCCCCCAACUCCUCCUUCUAUUAAGCAACCCCCUCAAAAUGGUCUUGAAACAAAUAAGCCCCCCAAGGGGGGGGAGUUAAUAGAAGACAGUGGCGGAUCCAGGGGAGGGGCGCGCGGGACCCGCCCCUCCCCCCUUAUUUUUAGACCAACCACCCCCCUUUUCUAAGGGUCUGGAUGAGGCACUGGAAGAUAUACGGUUCACAAUCACCUUAAACUCUAGCUGGUCAAACACUUGUCACAACAUUGGGCUUAACAUUUUAACAACGUAGUGUCCAAGAGUGAAAUAACUGAAAAACCUUUGAAUUCCCAAAGAACGGUAAUAAAAUCGAGUCGCUUAUUUUUCUAUUUCACUCUGCCAGGUUCCAAAGACAGAGGAAAGAAUAACAGAAACAAAGAAAGAAACUUUCCGGAUCGAACUAGACCGCUCAAACAGUAAACCCGAAGACGAGGUUUUCGUGACACGGGAAAAACCGGUUGAGGCAGGUUCUAUAGAUCUCAUGAGCUGGGAAGAUGACUCCACCGACGGUACAACCCCUGUCAAGGACAAGGAUCAUAAUACAGAGUUUAGAAAACGGGCCGACAGCANUGAAACCGGCUGCUAUCGGAAAAAAUCUGAAAAUGAAGACCAGGAAAAUACAUUUACUGAGAGCAAAAAGGAAAGAGUCGAAUAUCGGUUUCGUCUUCGCUCAGACGAGAAGCCUGAGAAAGCAACAGACGCGAAAGAUUUGUCUUCAAAACCGGACAAGGCAUCCGAAGACAUUCAGGUUAUUAGAACUGAGCAAAGCGUUACUAUAAAUGGCAAAAAUAAGUCGAGAGGCGAUGAAGGAGAUGAAGAGGAUCUUAAGAAAGCUGGCGAAAUUAUGAAAGCUAAGUUUGAAAAAGGUCGAAAGAAAUUCGAGGAAGAACCCUUUGAAAGGGAACGGAAUGAUCCUAAAACCGUGAGAACGGCGAGGCAAUCCUCUGACGAUUCACUGGAGGAGAAGAUCAAAGAAAUGGAGAAAAGACGAGAACGGCUUUUUCUUAAAAGACCGUCCAUGGAAUUGGAGAAGAGAAGGUCUUCUGAUGAGCAAAAGGAUCUUUCUCCGAGAGGGGAGGCCGAGAGUCAUAGAGAAGAGUCAAAGAGCCCUGCAGAUGAUACUGUCAAGAGACCUAGAAGUCGAAGCGAGCGCACCAAACGGCGCUUAACAGCUGAAGAGAUGAGCUUGAAGAAGACCACAAGCGAGGAAGACGUAGCAGAGCGACGUCGGAGUAGUUCUGGAUCUGCUAAGGUACCGUAAAUCCUCCUUUUCAUGCAAGGGAAGAAAGUUAUUUUCAUAACUUUUAAGCCCCCUCUCUUUUAACCCCCCAACUCCUCCUUCUAUUAAGCAACCCCCUCAAAAUGGUCUUGAAACAAAUAAGCCCCCCAAGGGGGGGGAGUUAAUAGAAGACAGUGGCGGAUCCAGGGGAGGGGCGCGCGGGACCCGCCCCUCCCCCCUUAUUUUUAGACCAACCACCCCCCUUUUCUAAGGGUCUGGAUGAGGCACUGGAAGAUAUACGGUUCACAAUCACCUUAAACUCUAGCUGGUCAAACACUUGUCACAACAUUGGGCUUAACAUUUUAACAACGUAGUGUCCAAGAGUGAAAUAACUGAAAAACCUUUGAAUUCCCAAAGAACGGUAAUAAAAUCGAGUCGCUUAUUUUUCUAUUUCACUCUGCCAGGUUCCAAAGACAGAGGAAAGAAUAACAGAAACAAAGAAAGAAACUUUCCGGAUCGAACUAGACCGCUCAAACAGUAAACCCGAAGACGAGGUUUUCGUGACACGGGAAAAACCGGUUGAGGCAGGUUCUAUAGAUCUCAUGAGCUGGGAAGAUGACUCCACCGACGGUACAACCCCUGUCAAGGACAAGGAUCAUAAUACAGAGUUUAGAAAACGGGCCGACAGCACGGAAGGCGAGACGUUUCCAAAGGCAGGGAAAUUGGUAGAGAUAGAAGCGCCUAUUAGUGUUACUCCGAAGACAAAGGUCGAGAGUACUCCAGAUACAACAGGAGCCAUUUUGGAUCUUGACGAGGUAGGUAAUCGUUCUGUUGAUCACAUGGUGAGAAAGAGUGGUGGCCUGGGGCUGGCAAUCCUCGGUAAUUCGAUCAAGCUUGUUCCUCUGGCUUUUUCCCCUCAGAGCUGUAUUCUGUAUGCACUCAAGGUCAAGGUGUUUAUAGUUUUGAGAACUAUACCAUGAAACUACUGAAACUAUGACUUGGCAAAGCUGUGGACUGGUAUUUUCACUACCCCUGUUUUUAAGGUUUUGAUUUUAAAGAUAGCCCAGGGUUAGAGCGCAUUUUAUAUUCAUAUAUGAAACCUUUUAAGACUGAAUAUUGUCAAGCGCUCUUGGGAUAAGGUCGAGCUGGGGAAAAUCUAAAUCGAAGCUAUCCUUAAAUUGUUUACGCGUUUUGUACAUACCGUAAAAUUCCGAAAAUAAUACCUAGGGCUUAUAUUUUUCAAAGGCCCUUUUUGAGGGGCUUAUUUUUGGAGGGGCCUAUAUUCAGAGGGCCUUAUCUACGGAGGGAAAUUUGCGUUUCAAAAUCGAUCGGGCUAGACUUAUAGUUGGAAGGAAAUUUACCGUUUUUGCUUUAUUUUACUUUGUAUUGAGGGCAAUUUCCAAGUACAAGCCCCCCGGGGGUUGGAGGGCUUAUAUUUGAAGGGGCGAUUUAACUGAGGGUUUUUUGCGUUACGAGUUUAGGGGCUUGAGGGGCUUAUACACGGACGGGCUUAUUUUCGGAAUUUUACGGUGUCAUAACUUUCAAUUCUCUUUCCACAACUGUAUAAACUGAUUCUAACAACGUUGGGAAGUUUGUACAGAAAAACGCUCAAAUUACCUUUUUUCGUUUUCAUUUGCUAAGGGUACAAUAUAAUUUUGCUUUUCACUUCACAUAAGAGUGAGGCUUGUUUUGAUAAAAAUUCAAUAUACUACAGCUUUAUCGAAGUGUUUAAACUAAUCUUUUGUAAUACCUAUGAGCCUUGCAAAUGUCCAUUACAAUGCAAGUUCAAUUAAGGUCCGCUGGUUUAACACAAUAAGCACCACGUCUUGAUGCAUGUUGAAUACGACUACCGAUUUGCUUAAUUUACAUAAGAUUCCAACUUUAACUUAGCUAUGGUGGAAUCAGCAUCCUUUGCUCAACAUACGGCUGUAUAAGAAUUUCUUCACUUUAAUUGUGUUAACAGGACACUAACAUGUCUACACCUGUUCUGGAAUCUAUCUCCACGUGGGACAAUAGAGCUCGUGCAAGCAACACGGCGGACGAGGACAGAAGACGCCGCGAGCUGGAACAUGAAGAAAGAAAGCGAAGAAUAGAGGAACGCCAGCGAGCCGCAAAAGAACUCAAAGCGAAGAGAAAAUCCGGUAGUGACUUUGAUGAAAGUACCAGAACCGAGGAACCUGCUCGAGAAAUGACGAUGAAAGAGAAACGGCGUUCUUUGGUUGAUAUGUGGGAAUCCUUUAGCGAGCCUCAAAGCACUGUCAUCUCUUUUGAAGAAACUGAACCGAAACCCACUCAGCAACGCAAAAAGGUUUUAGUGCGAGAAAAUAGGACUAUAUCGGUAAGUAGGACGUAAAUAGGCUGCAAUCUUAAACCUCUGGGAGAAAUUAAAACUCUCGAGGUCCAACAGGCUCCUUUAAUUAAAACUUGUAAAACUACCGGGCAAUGAUCAGGUCCGCUGAGUACCGGUCGAGGCAAGUAAGGGUGCGACUGAAGGUGUUUGGAUUAGGGUUAGGUUUUGGGCUACACUAGUCACAACUUUUGAAAACCUGCCGAUCAGCAAACAUAUACUCCAGACUGAUCUCCAUACAGUUUUCUUAAAGAACUAACAAGAGAAUUUAUAAAAGAUCAAAGUAUUUUCCUUUAAGUAAUCAUUUCAAUAAUUCUCUUAGCCAUUUCUUGUGAUGAUCUAUUGAUAUUGUCAGAGAAAGAGUUUAACUCUACCCUGAUCUUCCUGGAUCAAAGGGCCUCUGCUCGCAGGGUAUUAACUCUCCAGACCAGGAAAAUAUUUCACUGAAGCAAUCGAAAUAAAAAACAAAUAUAUGUAUUAGCAUAUUAUGAUUAAAUUAUAAAAUUAAAAGAUACAAUGUAUACGAAGAAAAAAAGUACUAAAUGUAAGGGGAUCUACGAAAUUAGAGCUUCCUUUGGGGGGCGAGUUUAUUUCUAACACUUUUUGAUACAUUUCUAAAUAGCCUUAGCUGGUUGAUUUGAGUCUUUUACCAAUAUUACUUUGUUUGUCGUUCUUUUUCUCAUUCAAUUAAUUCAUUCGUGUGUUUUCUUUUUUGUCAAAAUAAACUUGGUUCUUCGGCGGAUGAAGAACGACAAUGUCCAAUCCAUUGGGAAAGUUCUUUUUUAAGUAAUUCUAUAAAAUAACAAACUGUGAAUAUCCGAUCGUUGAAGGUCAUCUGUCGAUGAGCAGGCAAGACACCAUUGUUCAAAAUUUAUGCGAGAACACAAAGAAAAUAUAAAUUUUGCAGCGAUUAAUUUGUGUUUUCGUUUCUUCGGCUUAUGCUUCUGACAUGUUUCAGUGCUUUUUCAAGGUUUGUUCUCAAGUACAAUGAUAAUUUCAACUUCUUACUUACUCUUUACUUGUUACUCUUGAUGUUUAAACGGUCUGCAGGUCUUUUAAGAACUUAUUGUCUAGUAUUCAAAUAUCGAAAUAUCCGUAUCACAUGGAAAUGUCUGAAAGAGAGCCACAAUGAAUGAAAGAUCAAGUGGGAUCGAAAGUGGGAGGGAACUCAGUUACCUGUUUAGAUAUCAGAUUUAUUUUCCACCAAACGUCUUCUUAAUCAAUAUCUGAGAUCCUCUUGUAAAUAUUCACUGAUUUAUCAAGAGGCUCUUGAGAAAAAAAUUUACAUAGUAACACGCAUGUCUCGGGAGAAUUGAUUACAUUUUCGUGCAACCCGUUGUAGCGGGCGGUAAAAGAAAGUCGCUUAACAGGCGGAAUUUUCAGUGCUUACAAACCUUGUUUUUCUGCUUAGUUUGACUCUGCAGAAGAUAACAACAACGGCAUAGACAUGGAGCUCGAUGACGACGAGAAAUUUACCUCGAGUAGGCCUAUUCCUGCGACAAGGAAAAAGAAAUUGAGUGAAGAAGAGCAGAGAUGGGAAACUGCAGAAAAUUUCCAGCCAGGACGUCUUCAGAAAACUGUAUUUCAUAGUUUGUCGGAAUCUGAACCAGCGAUGGAGGAGCCGAAGGCCAAGCCAAGAAAAGGACCAAGUAGAUAUGACUGGAUGAAAGGCGAGAGCUACGAGGACCAAGAAGCAUUGGUCCCGACCAAACUCAAAAUCGACUGGCAAAACAACCAGGCUACCGAUGAAAGGUUAGAAAGCGUGAAUUGUUUGUAUCAUUGAAUAUCGCUUCGUAGUGACCCGGCAUGGGGUAAAUAAGUCGCUAAAACGGUCACGAUCAUUUAAUCGUGGUUCCGUUUUGUUUUAAUUUGUGGCGAUCGAUACGCCAUGUUUCUUUAGUGCAUGUCUCAGCAAGACCAAUAUGUGACGAAUAAUGCCGGGUUACGUAAAAUAGCACGAACUGUUGGUUCAGGGAUUUAGCAUGAAUUCCUCAGUCGAUUUGCGGUUUCGUCGGUCAAAAUUGUAAAAUUUUAAUGAUCUGUUUUCUGCAAUUAAAUUUUUACGUAAGCGAUGAUACAAUGGUAAUAUCUUUGGCAUUCCGAAAUUUGCCAUACCUAAUGAACAACGGGACUUUUUCGGAGUUUAUUAAGCGACGAUAAAUUUACAAUGCAAAAUACUGGAAGUUCUGUAGCCUUAAUUCACAAUUCUUUGUGUGAUAAAUUCAGUGCAAUAUGGUACAUAAAAAAUAGGAUUAAAAGUAUGAUAGGCGACCUUUUGUAUUUGUGUUUAACAAGUUUCAAAUUUUGUUUUUGUUUUUUGACAGCACCGAACUUAAACGUAGUCACGCACUCCAUUGUUACAUGUAACGCAUUUCUCUGUUCAGUUAUGUUUUUUUUUGCGAUCGAUAUAAAUCUUGAUAUUGGGCGCUAGUUUUCGUUACGCUUGGAUCAUCCGUUAAAAGGCAAAAUGAAACGUAAUCCAUCCUUUGCAAAAGAAUACGAAAAAGACUGACUGGCCGCACAUCGCGCGUUUCCAACUGGUCACUAUGUCUCAGUUUCACCGGUUUUGGUUUAUUUCUCAUAGUAUUCUGUCACAAGAAAAUAACACUGAAUUUUGUUCUUUUUUUCUCUCUUUUGGUUUAGCGGAGAUAAGGUUACAGGAAGUCAGCCAAAGGUACUAUUGUUAUUAUUUUCAUUAUUAUUUUUUAAAGAGAAAUUCCAUGGAGAAACCAUCCUCGGAGACCCAGGGGCAGAUAGUGGGGGCGAGGGAAAGUCUAAACGGGCGGGAAAAUAUGGCACGAAGAAAAGUAAAGAACGGCCAGAAGAGCGAACUAAAAAACUUAUCAAAACAGUAUUCCAAAAACGUGACAGUGUUCCACCACUAUCCACCUCCCCUUUGGGGGAUAGUUGUACAAGGCCCAUGUUAGGUAAUUCGGAUUCCGGCAUUUGUGUAAUUUUUUCCUCUUUUUUUGGAAUGUGGAAUCCUGGGCUUUGGACUCCGGAAUUAAGCUCAAGGAAACCGGAAUCGUACUAACGAUUGGAAUCCGGAGUCUACAGUGUGAAAAUCCAGAGUCCAAGACCGUCUUUCAUAACACAGGCCUGUAUAUCCCCUAUAAGGUGACUGCCCUGCUUUGUGGAAAAUCUAUUUAGGGUUUUUUACCUUGGACAAAAGAUUAUUCGUUGAUGCAUUUUUGACGUCUUGCUUCCGUGAUCAUUCCAGCCAGCGCCACGGCAGAUGGAGACCAAAACCGUAAGUCGGGACUCGCAAAGCAGCAGUGAUGAUAGCGAGAGUGAAAGUGAGGGCGAAAGCAAGAGUGAGGAGGAGGAAAGAAAACCACGAAUUGACACUGAUGAAAAUCAUAAGCUCACUGAAGAAGAAAAGCAGUGGGAAAGUGCCGGACAUUUCCAGCCCAAAAAGUUGAAUAACGCUCUGAUGGCGAGCUUCCUUCAAGGUGAUUCUGGUAAUGUUGUACCUAUGCCUAAGAAGCCACACGAAGCA